AUGAGAUCUUUAUAUUUAAAAGUAUCAUCAAGAGUUUAUAAUUACAGUGUCACCACUACUACCCAGACUUCAAAAAAAUACUCUUUUGCUUCUUCUCCUGAAAAACGUUCCACUAGUGAGCUCAAGUCAAUCCAGGAAUAUAUCCCUUCUGCUGAAAAUUUCGGCUCAGGGAUGGUUUUUAGGAAGGUGAUUGAUAUGAUGAUGGGUUGUCUGGGAAUGAGUAAUCGACCCACACUACCUUCUCCUUCUGAGACUAAUGAAUCACCGGAAGUGGAUCUACUUCCUGCUAUUAAAUCACCAAGAAUUAGGCUCAGUGAUGGAAGAUAUUUGGCAUACAGAGAAGUAGGAGUUCCUAAGGACCAGUCCAAUUACAGAAUUAUUAUUGUUCACGGCUUUGGUAGCUCCAAAGAGAUGAACUUUUUGGCACCCGAGGAAAUGCUGACUGCUUUGGGAAUAUACAUCCUAUUAUAUGAUCGAGCGGGAUAUGGGGAGAGUGAUCCAAAUCCGAGACGAUCAGUAAAAAGUGAAGCUACUGAUAUAGAGGAACUUGCUGAUCAGUUAGAAUUAGGAACCAAAUUCUAUGUGAUGGGAGUUUCAUUGGGCUGUUAUCCAGUGUGGAGUUGCCUCAAACGCCUGCCACACCGGUUAGCUGGUGCAGCGCUUAUAGUCCCAAUGAUCAAUUACAAAUGGCGCACCCUGCCCAAAGAUCUAGUAAAGGAUGACUACAGGAAGAACCUUAGCAAAUGGAUUAUCUGGCUUUGCCGACAUACUCCUGGCUUGCUACAUUGGUGGUUGACUCAAAAAGUGUUCCCGUCAGCUAAUGUCCUUGAUAAGAACCCUGCAUUUUUCAACUCAAAGGACCUAGAGUCUUUGGGUAAUACUCCUGGAUAUCAAUUGUUUACUCAGAAUGGAUUUCAACAACGCCAAGUAUUUGAUUCCAUCCGCCGCGACUGUAUUGUGGCCUUCGGUAAAUGGGACUUUGAACCAAUGGAGCUGACUAACCCGUAUCCCGAAAAUGAAACCUCAGUUCACAUCUGGCAAGGUUUUGAGGACAAGGUUGUGCCUGUUAAAUUGCAAAGAUAUGUUUCAGAAAGGCUCCCCUGGAUUCGAUAUCAUGAGGUUCCUGGUGGUGGGCACAUGCUUGUGUAUGAUAGCGCAGUAUGUGAAGCCAUCUUGAGGUCUCUUUUGCUUGGAGAAGAUCCUCCACAGUACAGGCCCAAUUAG